AUGCUCAACGCUAAUAAAGACGAACAACAGGAGGCUGAUGCUGCAACGGGAACUACAGGAAACAAAUGCUUCAAAGAAGCCCGCUCGGCUGACGACCGCCCUCUCGAUUUCUCUGAGUUUCUGCAAAUGAAUGCCGUCAGCUCCGAAACUCAUGAAUUUCUCACUCCUCGGACUGUGGCGAAUACCAAUGCAAAUCGUAGUGGUGGUCAGAUUCACCUCCUCCAUCACGACAUGACUUCAAAUAACAACUUGACCUACAUCGGUGAUCAUUAUGAAGACGCUAAGAAUGCAACUGACAUGCCGAAUUCGAUGAGGAGCGACAAUAUGGCGCAGAUGGACAGUUUUCUGAAAGUUAGGGAUCAACGAAUGCUAUCACAACUAAAUAACUUGAUGGCCUUCUACACUCAUCAUGACUACGCACACAAAUGCUAUCAACACUAAAAAUAACUUGAUGACCUUCUACACUCAUGACCAUUCUUCACACACAUGCUAUCAACACUGAAAAUAACUUGAUGACCUUCUACACUCAUGACCAUUCUUCACACACAUGCUAUCAACACUAGUACACUUGAUGACCUUCUUCACUCAUCAUGACUACUGACAUGAUCUUCUAACGACCCUAGGCUCACCUCCAGCAUGCAGAAGAAGCAAAGCAGUGGACCAGGGUACGGUUGUGGCUAUUUUCGUCGGGAUAGUUUUCUUGGACCGACAAAGUUUUUUCGUGGAGGCGGCUCUAUGUUCUUGCACCCAGUCCUCGCUGAGGGCGAGGAGGCCAGCGACGUCUCGAGCGAAGGGCCUCCUCCUGGAGCCGGAAAGAGGACUAUUCUUGAUCUUGGCCUAGAGAUAGGUGGUAAUAAAGGUGGUAAUAAAGGUGGAAAGAAGAAAGGGAACAAGAGAAGAGGUUUUCAAGAUGACGUAGCUGAAGAAUCCGGUGAAGAUGAGGGGGACUACGAUGAAGAUGACGAGGACGGUAGUGAUAUGGAACAAGAUGAAGACGCAAAUGGUGGCGCAGAUGAGCAAGACGCCUGGGCGAAGCUUUCGUGCGCUCUGCAGGAGCGUGAAGCGCGAGAGGGAGGGGAAUUGCCGUCUGCAGCGGCAUUGCAGCAUGAUCUAGGUGCAACAAGAAGACCUGGUCUUGUUUUAUACAUAUGAUAGAGUAGUUUAUAGAACGGAUGUAGGAUGGACUUGAAUGGAUCGGAUGGACCCCCCUGAUUCUUCCGAUCCUACUUGAAAUGGUGGAAAGUCCAUCCGUUCCAUCCGAUCCAUCCGAUCCAUCCCAUCCCGGAUCUGGCACCCCUAUGAACUGCUCUAAUAUGAUAACUGCUCUCCUUGUUCGAGUAGUUAUUCGUCAUCAUUACGCAUCACCACAAAUUAUCACUUUUACGUAUCUUCUUAUCCAGAUGUUGGCCGAUUCUUCUUGCAUCCCCAUUUCAUCUGUCUUGUAAUUUCCGCUCACGACUAUGCAUCCAAUUACCUCAAACGCCCCCAGGUCUCCACCGAAGCAAGACAAACGAGAAACAAGUCCGUCUUCCUGCUUUGGAGAAGACAAGUACUACUAAUCCGCCGACGCACACUACGCCUGAGGCUGAGCAUCACGACAACGCCACAACGUCGACAUCAAUGCCCGAUCAUGGUAAGAACAAGCUGUUGCGAUCUGGCACCACGGCGCGCCUCGGAGGCGCUCCACCUCAACGGACUAGCAAAUCUGAUGCGGCAAAUCGAGUCUCAGGUGCUUGGGAAAUGUUUAUACAGCAACGAUACCCGGAAUUGCAUGCUCGCUUCCUACGUCGCACCGGAAGUUCUAGUCGUCGUAGUUGCUCUGCGCCUACUGAGAUUAUGCAACUCAUUAAACGAAAUCCGAGGAACGAUGGAACAGGUUCUGGUUCUUCGUCGAUGGGUCGUUUUAGUGCCGGUACUAGAGUGAACAUGAAGAAGCCGAAGAGGGAACCUAUUAUGGAUGCGGAUGUAUCGAUGAAGAUGCUUGUGAAUGAUGUCCUAUAAAACAAAUGUACAUGUAGUUCUUGUAGACGCAAAAAUAUGUAAAUACAUGAACUCCCUUCUUGAUGUCUGCCUCUUCUUCUCUUCUAACAUGUUCCCAGCAAGCAGCAUCACUUUGUUUUCUGCGCCCAAGAAAAGCGACACAGAAUUCUGCCGCAAACUGGAGGAAAGCAGUUCGUUGAUGGCGUUACAGUUGGCACAAAUAGCAGUCAGAAGCGACAAGGUCAAGGCGCACAUGCAGAAGCGCAAGCGUCGGGCUCGUCAAUCAGCCGCUGGCAUUGCCCUGAUACCUCAGAGGGAGAAGUACAGAAAUCAAAUGCUAGCGAGUACAUCUUGGACUUCGAAGAUGACUAUGGGAGGACCACUAUUCGCCAGUGAACGAGAACAGCAGCAUCAACAACUACGUCCUGGUACUUCUAUGGGUCGUGGACGAAAUGGAAAUAACAGCACCAGUGGUCGUGCAGCUGGAGGUAGUUGUGUGGCGAGGAGAACAGCACCACCAGGGCAGCGAAUAAAUAUUAAACGACACCGCAGUAGUACUCAAGCUGAGGCUGAUGCACAACCUCCACUAGGUGUACAACUACCUGUAGAACAACAUCCUGGGUAUCGUUGUGCGACAGCUCCCGCAGUAGUUAGAGCAUCUUCAAACCAGCCUGAUCAUGGAGUUGGACCACCAGAUAUUCUCAGCCACAAUGGUUUACAUGGAGAACACUGCUUCUUGCCAGACGAACCACAGUUGUUAAGGCUUAGUACCCAUAUCCAUCUUUUGAAGCAUCCUGGCUGCAGAGACUUUUCAAGGUGAAAAUGCGCCCAGGACGACGCGUCUCAAGAUGGAUAGUACGGGUGAGCCGUGAGCUUUAACACAGGCACGAUUGUUUGGCUCCUCUGCGCGACUGCCUGCUAUGGAAGCUCGGUUCCGUAGGAACAGGGAGACAGAGGUUCAUCACUUUCCUUCGAGGAAUGUGAAUUCUCGAGCAGAUCAUCACAGCCAUACUAAAAACUGCAUCAAAAGAGGACAACUGGCCAGCAACAAGAACUCUUCUACAACUUCUGGUACAACUACUAGUACAGGAAUCGCUGAGAAGCUCGAACAUGAUGACCACUACAAGAACAACCAUGAUGUUGAUGUGCACCUAUGGGCAAUGGGAGACGAACAAGAUCUUCAAGAGGAUGAGGAGGCUGCGACGACGCCUGACGUUGCUAAGAUCUUACGGCAAAUUACACAGCAUUACAUCGAGCGUCGUGAAGCUGUGGCUGCAUCCGUCGUCAAGGCAGCAGAACUCGAAUUACAACGCGAGGAAGCAGGAGAAGCGAAGUCAAGCAAGCAAAACAACAAUCUCAAUCAAGACAUGAUCAACAAUGUGAAUCCUUCUAAAAGAACAGUGUUGUCCUCUAGCUCAAACAACGUCAAGAAAACCGACUUACUCACCAAGAAAUCCGAGAGCAUUGUCGCUGCCAUUAAGGGGCACGUGGAAAAACGGACUCCUACUGCUGUGCUUCGUCAAGAAUUAGUACGGAUUUCAGACCCAACCUACUGGGCAGCGCAAGAAAAGAAACUUUUGAUCGAAUUGGAAGCCAAAACGCAACGAAUCGGGGAGCUCCACAACGAUCUGAUCGCGGCUGUAGUGUCCUCAGUGCAGUUGGAAAUUCGGAGGAACGACUUGGGCGAGAAAAUAGAAGAAGUAGAAGAACCUACAAAGAAGUCAGUACAACAUAAUCAUCAUGUAGAUGUAGUAAAAAACAUCAUUCCAUCAACUUCAUCUACAUCAGGAGCAGAAGCAUCUUCUGUAUUGAAGGAAUUAGAUGCUUCAACAAGAACUAGUACAACAUCAAGGCAUCCACCGAAAAUCGAUGCCUCUACAACUGUAGAGAUCCUCGCAACAGUAGCUUCAACAAAUACAGUAUUAAGGGUAGGUUAGAGGUGCUUUUGUUACCGUUUGUUAGGGCUCUCCUAAGGGGGACAGCCAUAACAAACGGGAUAAAGAACGAACACCGAAAACCUACCUCUAAGAGUAGCUUCACCAAAAUCUCCGGGUGCGCCCUCAUCACCGAAAGGUGGAGGAAAACUAGGUCUCGCAGCUCUCAAGAAAGCAGUGAACAAAGUGAAAGCGGUAAACAAAUUGAAAGAACCUUUCAACACAUCUGGAGGCAGUAGUACGACUGGUGAUCAGAACAGAGCCACUGCUGGUAGCUCGUCUAGUACAGCAGAUGCUAAGAAUUUAGACGAAAUGGGAGAUAAUUAUUCCGCGUGGAACAAUACCACAGCGACAUCUUCAACCACUACUCCUUCCAACGGCAAUGGCACAACCACAUCAAGCCAUGAUCCGACGACGACCUUCCUUUCCUCCAACACUUGGUGGAAAUUGGUACAGCAGGGCUCACCCUGGCGCAAACCUAGACACGACGAGGGAGGUUUUUCACCGGGGAGCGCGAGUGCGUCCGCUUCUGUCGGCUACGGCAAGUCUUCAGGAGCUGCGAUGCUGUUGCCUCCAAACUCCCCAGCUCCAGCGAAGAAGUUUGGCAAAUUUUUCCCCUACUUAUCCGGAGCAGAGGACCCGGAUUUAAGGCCCGAACUAUAGUUCAUUUGUCUUUCGCUUGACCUGGAGCAUACGAGGGUGAGAGAGAGAGUUGACCUUGAGCAUCCCUUCUGAAUUAAAUUCAUCUACGAUCAAGAUCAGGGGUUUCUAGUAGAGGUGUUGAAGCUCUCUUUACAUACACUCUUUCAGGCUGAAGGCAUAGGCUCUGCGAAUAGUUCCUUUUAUUUCUCCGAGAAAUAUUAUUGAGUCUUUGGCCUCCCUCGGUACUAUCGGUUCAUCAACCUGAUGCUCAAGGCUGCUCAUAGUUUGACAUCGAAUGACUUUAGCAUGGAGCAAUGACCUGCUAAAGAAAUGAAUUGUUUUGAUCUCUGCUAACGGAUGUAACGCGAAACAAGCAACGCCUGGAAGCAAGUCUGGAGCAGAAGAGGAAAAGCGAUAUUGUCUCACUGAGAGGUGGUGGUGGGAUCUUGUAA